CUCUCUCCCCCGCAGACGGCAGCAGCGAGCUGUAUUGGGAGACCCGUUAGUUACUUUGUUCUGAUGCAGGCAGCGAGCGGAGCAGCGGCUUGGAGCCCGGGGACAGGCAGCGGGCAGCCGGCGCUGGAGGCAGCGGCCAGCCCGGACCUCCCUGAGCCCAGCGCGGCCAACCGGCGCAAGGAACCGGAGCGGCGGGACUCGCGGAAACGGCGAGAGAGGAAGCGGCUGCUGGAGAUAAACAUGGGGGAGCAGCCGAUCUUCAGCGCUCGAGCCCACGUUUUCCAAAUUGACCCGACGACGAAACGCAACUGGAUCCCAGCCAGCAAGCACGCCGUAACUGUCUCCUUCUUCUACGACAGCACCCGUAACGUAUAUCGCAUCAUCAGCGUCGGAGGCACCAAGGCGAUUAUCAACAGCACCAUCACACCCAACAUGACGUUCACCAAAACCUCGCAGAAAUUUGGGCAGUGGGCUGACAGUCGAGCCAACACGGUCUACGGUCUGGGCUUCAACUCCGAGCAGCAGCUUGCACAGUUUGCAGAGAGGUUUCAAGAGGUGAAGGAAGCAGCCCGCUUGGCAAGAGAGAAAUCCCAGGAUAAAACCGAACUGACCAACCCAGCUCUGGAGAUUGCAGCCCCACAGGAACUGUCCAUUGAUCUGCAUUCUCCGCCACUUCAGCUGGGCAGUGCAAAUGGGAGUGGAGUGCCGAAGCUCUACCACUCUGAGAGCUGUGAUGGAGAAAUGAUGCUGGACAGUGCCCGGCUCAGGUCUCUCUUCUCCCAGGGGUCCAUUUGCGAGCCACAGUGGGAGCUGGAGUUACUCUCUCUGCAGGAGAGUAACGGGAAGCUGGUGCAGGCGCUGCAUGAAUCAAACAUCACGGUCGAACAGUGGAAGAAACAGUUGGCUGCGUACAAAGAAGAAGCAGAGAAACUGCGGGACCGGGUCAUUGAGCUGGAGUCACAGGGUGUGGAGAACGUGACAGUUGUCUCGCAGAACACGGACCUCAACCAGUCGGUGGAGGAGCUCGAGACGUUGUUAAAGGAGAAAGAGGAGGAGAUCCAGUUAUUGAGGAGCCAAAAAUCUGAUGUGAAUGAGUUGGAAAGUGACCGAGAGGAAGCCCUGCUCCGACUGCAGGAGGUGGAGGGGCGGAACGUGGAGUUGGAGCAGCAGCUACAGGAUGUGGAGCAGACCCUGGUGGACUGCGUGAACGACCGAGAGAGGGUCCAGCACGACGCCCGCAAGUUGCUCGACAUCCUCGACGUCAAGCUGUACGAACUGAACGAUCUGCGCCAGGGUCUGGCUAAAAUCGCAGAGAAAGAGGAAAAGUCCUGAAUGGUGCAGCUGGAUUCUCGAUCCCUGCUACGCAGCACUCUGCCCAUUGAUUUAACCCCGGCUCCCUUACCAUCACCCUCCCUUCCGCUCCCUCGCUCCUAGUUCCAGAUAUUUCCCUCGGGGCUCAGCCAGCUGAAAGCCCAACAGCACCAUCCUGUAAACAAACACUUGAUCCAAGUCUGGUUAAUGGAAAAUUAGUUCCUAGCUCUCAGCCCUGCACUAGUUCCAUCCCACUUCCUAAACACCCACCUGCACAAGUCCCUGCGACUCUUUCUGAGUUAUCCUUCAAUUUAUUUUUGAACUCGCUUUUAACCAGCCUGACCUCAGAACUAUUGAAAUGCUCCUUGUCUCUACCCGUAUCACCCCCUCCCCAUCACCACAGUUCAGGAGGUGAGGCUAUCCCUCCCGUUCACGGGGAGGAGGGGGUUAAUCCAUCAGGAGAUUGGCCCGUGUUUGCAGGUAUUUGGAUGGAAGAGAACUGAUCUCGCACGAGUUCUGAGGAAGGUUGAAGAUUUGGCCGUUUGGAACAGCUAUGAGAAGAAAUGUCUUCACCCGGAUGUGAAUCUUUGGAAUCCACAACUCCAGAGGGAUUACAGGCUCGGCUUUUGAGAAUAUUGAAGGCUGAGAUUGAUGAAUUUUGGACGCCGAGGGCAUUUAAUGACAUGUAGGUUAAGUGGAAAAGCGUAGAUAAGGUAAAAGAUCAGAACAAUCUUAUUGAAUGAUAGGGUCGGAUUGAAGGGGGUUACAGGUAAAUGCCAUGCCUUGAUGACAAUUUAUGUAUUCUUAUAUAUGACACUAUGAUAUUAUGCCAUCUUCAUCAUUGUAGCACUUUGACAUGCUACAAAUGGCAUAACAUGACACGGAUAGACACUGCACACUCCUUACUCUAACAACCUAGACAGACUGCACCGCCCUCAUGGUUACAUUGAUUUACACUGCUUCCUCUCUGUUACGCUUUCACAUAGACGGUGGACACUCCUCACUAACACAGAUAUACACUGCAAACUCUCACUGUAACACUCAUAUAGACUGUAACACUCUCAUAUAUAGUAUACACUUCCCUUCUCUGUACCUCUCAUAGUGUAUUCCUCAAUGUAACAUAGAUAUACACUGCAGACCCCUCAUUGUAAUACUCUCAUAUAGACUGAAACACUCUCAUAUCGACUGUAAUGGAUUCCCAAAUAGACAGUCCACUCCUCACUGUAACACAGAUUUACACUAGACCCUCUCUGUAACACUCUCAUAUAGAUUGUACACUCCUCACUAUAACAUUGACAUUCACUGCAUUUCCCUCACUGUUACUCUCCCCUUUAUAGUUUAGUUUAGUUUAGAGAUACAGUGUGGAAACUGGCCCUAUGGCCCCCCCGAGUCUGCACCGACCAAUGAUCACCCCGUGCGCUAGUUCUAUCCUACACACCAGGGACAAUUUACAGAAGCCAAUUAACCUACAAACCUCUGUGUUUAAGAAGGAACUGCAGAUGCUGGAAAAUCGAAGGUACACAAAAAUGCUGGAGAAACUCAGCGGGUGCAGCAGCAUCUAUGGAGCGAAGGAAAUAGGCAACGCCUCGGCCCGAGGCGUUGCCCAUUUCCUUUGCUCCAUAGAUGCUGCUGCACCUGCUGAGUUUCUCCAGCAUUUUUGUGAACCUACAAACCUCAACGUCUUUAGGAUGUGGGAGAAGACCCAUGCAUGUACUCAUUAUAACGCAGUGGUACACAACAAAAUCUAACACUAUAACACUGAUAGAUAUUGCAUGCUCCUCACCAUGGCUCUGAUACGUUGUGUACACUCUGAUGUACCCCGCAUAUCGCUCUAUAAACUCUUAUGUUCAGUAAAUCUCUUACAUACAACAUCCCCAUACCCUUCUUGUAACAUUCAGAUACCCCUUGCCUCGUUGCACUCUCUUCAACAGAUACCCAGCUACAUUGAUGCGGUGGAUUGAUUGUAUUUUCAAUGUCAUUUAGUUUUAGUUUAGAGAUACAAUACGGAAACAGGCCCUUAAGCCACCCGAGUCUGCGCCAGCCAGUGAUCCCCACACACUAGCACCAUCCUGCACACUAGGGACAAUUUACAAUGUUACCAAAGCCAAUUAUCCUACAAACCUGUACGUCUUUGGAGUGUGGGAGAAAACCAGAGCAUCCAGAGAAAAUCCAGGUGGUCACAGGGAGAAGGUACGAAAUUCCGUACAGACAGCACCCGUAGUCAGGAUUGAAUCCCGGUCUCUUGCGCUGUAAAGAGCCUGUCCCACUUGGUCGUCAUUUAAUCGACAGGCCGGUAGUGAAUGUCGCACGCGUCCACAUGCGUCCGCACAUCCGUCUGGAGUGCGUGACGUAAUUUGAAUACCCAGUUUAUGAUAUUUACCCAGUUUAUGAUAUUUAUGGUGAUUUUCUAAAAUUUUCCAGUUUCUUGAGUGGUGCUAGAAAUUGGAAAAACUGCAGAUGUAGUGCCUCUAUUCAAAAAAAGAGGGGAAUGAAAAGUAGCAAGCUGCAGACCAAAUUAAUCUGUGGGAAGGAACUGCAGAUGCUGGUUUAAAUUGAAGAUAGACACAAAAUGCAGGAGGAACUCAGCGGGACUGGCAGCAUCUCUGGAGAGAAGGAAUGGAUGAUGUUUCAGUCUGAAGAAGGAUCUCGACCCGAAACAUCACCCUGUCCCACAUACGCGACAGGCCGGUGGUGCGCGAAGAUUUCGUACAGGACGAAAUCCUGGCGCGCUGCGCGAUACCGCGCACAACUCUACACUCCUCCACGCCACUGCAUGCGCCCGUCCCGCGCUACCAGGUCGCGUAAAUGGCGUGCAAAUGACGGCCAAGUGGGUAACCCUUUAAAAAAUGUACUGUGAAUUUCCGCCCAUUCCCCUCUUAGAUAAUGCAUUCGUUCCAAAUGCCUGCAACCAGCAAAAUGAAAUAUUUCUUACACCUUUAGAUUCUUUGCCAAUCACAUUAAAUCUAUUUUCUCCACCGAUUGAUCCUUUUCCUACGAGGAAUGUUUUGUUGCUCUUUCAAAACCUUUCAUGAUUUUGGACAACCAUCGAAAAAAGUCUGAAGAAGUGUCCCGAACUGAAACAUCACACAUCCUUUUUCUCCUGAGAUGCUGCCUGAACCCGCGGAGUUACUCCAGCAUUUGGUAUCUAUUUUGGUUUAAACCAGCAUCUGCGGUUCAUUUUUAUUUCAUUAUUAACUCUCUAAGAUAACAUGCUUUUUUUAAUCUUCUGUAAAUAACCAGUCUUCAAUCCCCUGGACCUGUCCAAUAAAAUUUCACCCCUGUUUGAACUGGAUUUCCUUUUAAAAAUAUGGGGCUUUCAAAUGGACCCAGAACUCCAGCUGAUGUCUAGGGAAUGAUAUGUCAUGUUUUUUUGUUCCCUACAUUUCCAUUUGUAAUUGAAAAUCUCUCAAUGUCCCAGCUUUUUCACAAAAUUGUGUAUAAACAUUCAUGUUCCCCCUGCUCCUUUAACUUCUCAUGAAAGCACAAACCCUUUCAAAGCACAAUUUCAUAAUUCCCCUUGUUAAAUCUAAUCUGCCACGUAUCUUUGUUUUCACCAGACUCCUCCAGAACUCUCUGUUCACUGUGCUUUAAACUAUACUUCAUCUGCACAUCUUUGAAAAGAUAUCCCAAGUACUCAGUAUUAGGUCAGGAAUACAUGUCACAAAGAACGAUGAUCAUUGAUGGUCGGUGUGGAUUUAGUGGGCCGAAUAUUCAAUUGUAUCUCUUUAUGACUCUGAUUCUAAACCGUCCUCUUGGGAACAACACUAACCUCUAAUCUGAAAAAUAGCUAUUCAUCACCACACUUUUCUGUCCUUUAGCAAUUUGGUAUCCAUUUUGACAUUGUCUCUUAAUCCAUUGGGCUUUGAUGAUGUAAAGAGAUGCCUUUUAAUGGUCUUUGCGUGAAUCCUCUCUUGUUGCAAGGAUUUGUGUUGCUGUAUCAGGCAAUGCUGACUGCUGACUGGUUUACAAUGGUUGAUGCAUUUUACCAUUAAUUCACGAGAGGUGUAAAACUCGCAGGGUUGACCUUUAUUGUCCAUCCCUAAUUGCUUUUGAGCUGCGUACUUCCAUUCUGUAGACCAUGUGGUGAAGGUGCUACCAUGGUGUUGUAAAUAGGGAAUUUGGGUAUUUAAACUCAGUGAUAAUGAAGGACGGUGUGUGCUUUAGUUUAGAGAUACAGCGUGAAAACAGGCCCUUUGGCCCACUGAGUCCACGCCGACCAGUGAUCACCCAUACACUAGCUCUAUCCUACACACUGGGGACAAUUUACAGAAACCAAUUAACCUACAAACCGCACGUCUUUAGAAUGUGGGAGGAAACCGGAGCUCCCGGAGGAAAACCCAUGCGGUCAUGGGGAGAAUCUGUGCAGACUGCCCCCCGUUGUCAGGAUCGAACCCGGGUCUCUGGUGCUAUAAGGCAGCAACUCUACCGCCGCACCACUGUGCCACCCUGUGUGGUGAAGGGGAAUCUACAUUUCAAUGUACCUCCUGCCUUCGACCUUCUAAGGGUAGAGAUCACUGUUUAGGUGGUGCUGUUAAACUGUGUGCAGGGUGUACAUUUAAGGGUAGGGAUUAAGCCCCCAAAGAUUCUGCAAUCCCAUUUGUAGGUGACUUAAUGGGAGGUAGGGCUGGUGGAUUUAUAGUCUUAAGAACAUAGAACUAAUUCAGUGUUGAGUUUGUGCCAUAGUUAAGAUCUAACUAGUUAGAAGUGAGCCAGACGUUUACAUGACAUGCGUUUUUUGUAUUUUAGCUGUUGUUUUUUUCUGUUAAAGUGUAGCAGUCACAGAAGUCAAGCUGGUACAUGCGAUGCAUUGGGCCAGAAGAGAGAGAAUUUACUCAGACUGUGAGAAAUGGCUGAGGUUGAGUGACGUUUCUUGCCAGUAGCCACACUGGCAUUAUCCCUGGUUAAACCCGACUGGAAAACCUUAACUUGUAAAGUUAAUCCUGAACUUGGACAGAUUGUAUUUUGUUAUGUUUCCUAAGGUCAACAUUGACUUCAUUUGGGGAGUUUCAAGUUACCUACCCAUCUUCAGAUUAGACAGAGAUAAAAUAACUUAGGUUGCUGUUACUGUUCACCGUGUGCCCUGGUUGAAGAAAGAGGAAGCUAGCCGGAGUUCCUGCUCUUGAUCAAUAUCCAGUGACCCCUGGCUUAGAGAGAGAGGAAGGAAAUCUGCCAGCUUUCCUGUUCCAGAUCGAUGACCAGUGACGCCUCGCUCAGAGAGAAAGAAAAUCAGCCAAGAUUCCCGCUCUCGAUCGAUUCCCAGUGACCCCUGGCUUAGAGAGAAAGGGCAAAUUGCCCUUGGUUAUCUUCGCAGUCCGGUGAUUCCAGCCGGACGUUUCCACGUGGAGCUUUGGCUUGGAUUGUGGUAUCAUUGAAAAUCCCGCUGUCUCUCUCGGAGUCAUUUUAACUCAUUGUGACAGUGUGGAAUGGACGGGAGUGUCACCAACCUGCCCUAUGUCGUUUUUAACAAAGCAGUUUCACGCAGCUGAGUGUUUGGAAAGUGAACAGAUCCUUUCACUGCUAAUCUGGAUCGUACCACGCACAUGGCCCCUUCACUCUGCUGCUAUUUUUCAGUGACCGUGGCAAAUAAUGCAAUACUAUUUUUCUCAUUCUUACCAAAUUGUGUUUAAAAUCGGUAACAACCUGGAGCAAUGAAUAUUGAGCAUUUAUUUCUCAGAGGCUUCAUACUCAACAUGAGGCCUGCGCAGAUUACUAGUAUCGAUAAGAUUUUCUUAACAUGGGGAGAAAUGAAUAACCCCAAAAAGCAGCUGAAAUCGUGCCCAGUCCAGUCAUUGACCCCAAAUCCUGUCCCAAUGUCCGCUAGGAUGGAUUCACAUGCACAGUUAGAUCCCAGCACCACUGUUAGGGCAGAAGUAAGCUACAAUCAUCUUGAAUUUGAUGCUAGACUGCACAAACGUAAAGUAAGUCAUAAACUCCCUUGGAUAUUGGUUACAAAGAGAGCAAUGACAAGGAGAGUGUGCCUCGCCCUCAAAGCUGGUCGGUGAUUCUGCUAUCCAAGCUGAACGCCGACCAUUGAAUUCACAAUUUGUAUUAAAACUCUUACGAUUGUUGACAGAAGCGAUUCACAUAGUAUUUAUUCUGUUUUUAAUAAUUAGAAUUAAUAAUUCAUCGUAAUAAUACAACCACUAGGAGGACCAAGAUUUUAGUGCAAAAUAAACUACAUUUGUUAGCAUAUUAGAAAUGUAUGAAACAAUGCAAUUUAUAGUCUGUAUACACACUGUGAACAUAGUACAUAUCCAAUCUACCUGCGGUACACAAUACAUGUGCAGUAUAUAUCCACAUGUACACAGGUAUACAUAGCAUGUAUGCAGUACACACAGAUCAUUUAGUAUACAUGCAGUACCCAGACAGAAUGCACACUAAGUACAAAAUAUAGCUGGUGUAUGCAUAGUAUGCCGUUUCUUUUAUAGAUAGAUACAGCAUACUGUAUACUGGCAGUAUCCACACAAUGUGUGCACAAUAUAUGUAUACAUAAUGUCCAUUCUAUAUGUGUUAGACAGCCUAUUAUUCAAGCAUUAUCUUCAAACUUCUUGAUUUUUAGCUUUGACUAAAACUGGAUGACUGUUAAAUAAUAAAUUCAACCCGAUACAAGUCUUAUAAACCAAUGAAUUAACAUUUGUAGAUGUGCACUUUUUGGUUGAAAAUGAUGAAUAAAAUUCAUAUCUAGUUCUA